GGGAAAGGGCUGGGCCGAGCUCCCCAGAAGUCCCCGGAGCGGCGGCGGGGCUGAGGCGCGGCAGCGGAAGCUGCGGGCGCCCGAGCUGCUGCGGGUGCCAUGGAGUCCGAAGCCUCGCUGUCCCCCACGCUCUCCCGCUCCAUCAAGGAGGAGCUGCUCUGCGCCGUCUGCUACGACCCCUUCCGGGAUGCCGUGACGCUGCGCUGCGGCCACAACUUCUGCCGCGAGUGCGUGACCCGCUGCUGGGAGGUGCAGACGACGCCCACCUGCCCGGUGUGCAAGGACCGGGUGGCGCCCGCCGACCUGCGCACCAACCACACCCUCAACAACCUGGUGGAGAAGCUGCUGCGCGAGGAUGGCGAGGGCGGGCGCUAUGGAGGCCAGCGCUCCCCGCGCUUCUGCCGCACGCACCGCGGCCAGCUCACCCUCUUCUGCAUCGAGGACAAGGAGCUGCUGUGCUGCUCGUGCCAGGCCGACCCCCGGCACCUGGGGCACCGCGUGCAGGCGGUGAAGGACACUGCCCACGACUUUCGGGCCAAGUGCAGGAACAUGGAGCACUCACUGCGGGAGAAAGCAAAGGCCUUCUGGGCCAUGCGGCGCUCUUAUGAGGCCAUCGCCAAGCACAAUCAGGUGGAGGCUACCUGGCUGGAAAGGAGAAUCCGGCAGGAGUUUGAAAAGCUUCGGGAGUUUUUAAGAGGGGAGGAGCAGGCCAUCCUGGAUGUCAUGGCCGAGGAGGCGAGGCAGAAGCAGCAUCUGGUGGAGGAGAAGAUGAAGCAGCUCAAGAAAGACACAGAGACUCUAGCCCAUGAGAUUGAGCGGCUGCAGAUGGAGAUGAAGGAAGAUGAUAUUUCUUUUCUCAUGAAACACAAGAGCCGAAAACGCCGCCUCUUCUGCACCAUGGAGCCAGAGCCUGUGCAGCCUGGCAUGCUGAUCAACGUUUGCAAGUACCUAGACUCCCUGCAGUACCGUGUCUGGAAGAAGAUGGUCAUGUCUGUUGAAACUGUGCCCUUCAGCUUUGACCCCAACACCGCGGCCGGCUGGCUGGCUGUGUCCGAGGACCUCACCAGCGUCACCAACCAUGGCUACCGGGUGCAGGUGGAGAACCCGGAGCGCUUCUCCUCGGCGCCCUGCCUGCUGGGCUCCCGCUCUUACUCCCACGGCUCCCACGCCUGGGAGGUGGACCUGGGCGGGCUGCCCAGCUGGCGGGUGGGCGUGGUGCGCAUGUGCCUAGAAACUGGCCCCGAGGGCUACUCCCACAGCUGCUACCAGGACACGCGCUCCGGUUUCUGGUACCUGUGCCGCACGCAGGGCGUGGAGGGCGACCACUGCGUGACCUCCGACCCGGCCACGUCGCCCCUGGUCCCCUCCAUCCCACGCCGCCUGCGCGUGGAGCUGGAAUGCGAGGAGGGCGAGCUGUCCUUCUACGAUGCCGAGCGCCAGUGCCACCUCUACACCUUCCACGCCCGCUUCGGGGAGGUGCGGCCCUACUUCUACCUGGGCGGCACGCGGGGCAACGGGCCGCCCGAGCCCCUGCGCAUCUGCCCCCUGCGCAUCACUGUCAAGAAGGAGCUGGACACCUGAGGCCCGCGGCGAGCCCGCCGGGUGCCGCCCAGGUGCGCUGCCGUGGUCCCGCUUUCUCUUUGUCCCUCUUUCUCAAGCCCACACGCACCUGGACACCUCGAGGUCCUGCUUUCUUGCCAGGAUCUUGCUACUCACUGUCUAAUCCUUUCCCGUGGCUCCAGGCCCCAGCCCCCCCUCCUUCCCCCCCUCUUCAUUUUUGGUCUUUCCUGUACCCACAGUUGAACGUCAUCCAGGAGAGAUAGCUUACUGGCCAGGCUCUCCCCAGAGUCCUGGCAUCUUCGGGAUGUGAAUUUCCUUCCUUCUAACAACUCCAGGAUUUCUUGGAACAAAGGUUGCCUCUAGAGUGAAACCUGUUUUUAAAAGGUUUUAAUGUAGUUUUUAUUAUUCGGGUAUGAUGAGGCCAACAGACCAAGAAUAGUUAAUUGCCCUUGAGUAACAAACUCUUUUGUUACUUACAGUUCCUAAGAGGAGGGGCCGUGCUGUGGGGUGGGGGGCACAGAGGGAAGCACCAGGUCUCCCUAGCAGGCGGAGGGAGUGAGGGGGGUGCGUAGGCGGGAGGCUGUAGGCGGGAGGCUGUGGUGUUUUCACAGGAAGGAACGGAUGAGGCAGGUACAGGGCGGACAGAUUUAGGAUUGGUUAGAUUAGCUAGCCCUGGGAGGGGCAGUUACCAUAGUCAGUGAGCUCCAGAUUUUAGAGUACCAAGAAUCUAUAAUAAUAAAAGUGUAAUAUGCUAAUUAGGCCAGACAAAACUUGGGCUGCAAGGGAAGCCCAGGUCCCUGGUGCCAGAAGGAAGCCAGUGCCCACAACCGAGGGGAGGAAGGCCUACUCUUGCACGGAUUUCAUGCAUUGGGCCUCGUGUGUGUGUGUGGCAUCAUGGCUACUUGUCACCUUAAGCCAGUAUUUUAACACUGCCUCACAGAGCCUCCUCAAGGCUCAAGGUGAGGAUGCCCAUCAGAUCAAUUCUGACUUAAUUCUUUAUAUUUAUUGGACGAUUUCCUCUGAACAGAGGGUUCCAGAGCACUUAAAAAACACUACUUUAGAACCAUGGUUUAGGCCUGUUCCCUCUCUGGUCCUGGGUUUCCCCGUCUGUAAACGAGGCAGCGGGACCGGAGGAGGAUGUGGCUCCGUAGUCGCUGUGGAGGAAACCCCGUCACUGUUGCCGAGGUAGGAGGAGGGGAGGAGAGAGGGUGCUGUCGGGGUGGGGGGGCGCGGGGAGUGAGAAGGGAGGGAGAUGCUCGUUCUUGCUCUGCUGCCUUUUGUGUUUUUACCCCGAUUUCUUCUCCCUCAGCCAUGCCUGCCAGAUAUGCACCUCCAUCUUUUUUUCCUCAUGCAUGCCUACAGGUAAUUCUAAUGGUCAAAUCGCCAGGUCCUGGGGACAGCUUCUUUGUAAAAGGAAAAAAAAAAAUUAUAGUAGCAAUGUUCUCACUUGGGGAGCACGUUCCUGACUGAGGAUUGACAUCCUUUCUCCUGCCUGCACCCCCUGCUCACAGAAGCGGAUAUUUUAUACAGACAUGAUGACUCAGCACUAUAAAUUGGUUAUAAAUGUGGUCUGUACUUUGGACGGAUGGGCCUCGGGAAGGACGUGGUAGGAAAUACCGCUGAGUGAAGGUUGGGAGUGGGGAUGCUGACACACGUGAGCAGCCCCUGCAGAGGACUCAGACUUGGAAAAGCUCAAAGCACUUUGAUACUAGACACGGGAGGCCAGCGCGCACUCUACAACAAAGUAUUUAUCGAGCCCUUCUAAUAUAAUUUCCAUGUAAUUAUCUUGACCUGGAAUUUUAUUAGUGAUAGUAAACUUUAAAAAAUGGGUUUUAUUUCCAUCUUACAUGUUGGAAACAUUGUGUGUGUGUGUGUUUUUACAGCUUAAUUUGGAUAGCCUAGGUCCCUUUUAUGAAAAUAAAAAUAUUUGAGCUAAAA